AAAUUGAAAUCUCAACAAAAAAGAGAGAAAUUAAAUAAAAGGAUAGAAGAUAUUCGAAGAAUUCGAUUUGAAAAUAAAACAAUAAUUGAACUUAUCACAUUUAUUGAAAACUGCAAAAUAGAAUCGGCUGAAAAAUGGAAUGACAGGAGUUGACUUGGUUGGUUCCUAGGAAGAUGCUGCCCCAGUCAGCAGGAGCAGGAUCAGGAUCAGGAGCAGCAACAACAGCUACAACAACCAUAGUACAAGCUGAAAACGAAGCAGCAACUGCGGCAAGGAUUCAAAAUCAGAACGGGAAUGGCCAGCGACGUCGCGUGGCAGCGGCAGCAGCAACAAGCGGCCAACAACAACAACAACAACAGCAACAGCAUCAGCAAGGACAACUUGCAACAGCAACAACAACUAGUUACAAAAAUAGCAACAACAGCAACCGAUUAGGACAAAUGCAUUCCAACGAAGAACCGCCCAUGACGGUGAUCGUCGAUGGCGGUGGCGGAGGUGGCAGUGGGAGUGGGAGUGGCCACUCGAGGAGAUUGCGAAAAACCAGUUCCUCCAAUGCCAAUCCGAAUUCCAAAAAUCCAAACAGUCAAUCAACAACCGGCCCAUCAGGAUCCGCCAGGACACACCGGCAGUCGUCGAACGCCUCGGGAUCGGCAGACCAUGCCAGGCGGCGUUACCAGAGCGGCGGCGGCGGCGGCAAGGAACGGCCGGAACAGGGGCAGGUGCCGCGCCGCAGGACAGCCGGCCGUCGGCACAGUGGUGCCUCAUCGCUAAGCGACGCCGUCACAGCUGCCAGGACACGCGGCGGUGGCGGAGGCGGAGCAAUCAGCUCAUCCACAGCCUCCAGCUGCAAUGGCAGCUGCAGCUCGGACGAUGGCGACUCCUCGUCGCACACCUCCUCGUCCUCCGGGUCGUCGAGCUCGUCCGGAGAACCGAAUCUGCCGUAUCCGGGCUUCCCGGAGAUCUCCAUGUGGGCCCUGACGCAGUACACCCGACCGCGCAACUGGUGCCUGAUGCUCAUCACCAAUCCAUGGUUCGAGCGUGUCUCCAUCCUGGUCAUCCUGCUGAACUGCAUCACCCUGGGCAUGUACCAGCCCUGUGUGGACGAUGCCUGUGUCAAGAAUCGUUGCAAGAUCCUGCAGAUCUUCGACGACAUAAUCUUUGCAUUUUUCGCCCUUGAAAUGACCAUCAAAAUGGUGGCCAUGGGCAUGUGGGGGAAGAACACGUAUCUGGCCGACUCGUGGAACCGUCUCGAUUUCUUCAUCGUCCUGGCCGGCCUGCUGGAGUACGUGAUGCACGUGGAGAACCUCAACCUGACCGCCAUCCGGACGAUUCGUGUCCUGCGACCACUGCGGGCCAUCAAUCGCAUACCGAGCAUGCGUAUCCUGGUGAUGCUCCUGCUGGACACCCUGCCCAUGCUGGGCAAUGUCCUGCUGCUCUGCUUCUUCGUGUUCUUCAUCUUCGGGAUCAUCGGCGUACAGCUGUGGGAGGGAAUACUGCGACAGCGAUGCACCCUGGAGCGUACCGUCGGCAUGGUCUAUCCCAUCACGGGACUACCUGAAGUGUACAGAGUUCGAGUCCGUGUUAACUCCCUGUCGCAGUACUACGAGUUCUCAAAGGAUCAGGACUACAUCUGCUCGACGCCCAACGACUCGGGGAUGCAUCUGUGCGGCAACUUCCCACCCUAUCGCAUCGGCUCUAUGGUCUGCAACGAGGAGGCCAAGCUGUUCGACUUCAAUGAGCCAACGAACACGUCUUGCGUCAACUGGAAUCAGUACUACACCACCUGCAAGCCGAGCGGCGAGAAUCCCUUCCAGGGCACCAUAUCCUUCGAUAAUAUCGGUAUGGCCUGGGUGGCCAUAUUUUUGGUCAUCUCACUGGAGGGCUGGACGGACAUAAUGUAUUACGUGCAGGAUGCGCACAGCUUUUGGGAUUGGAUAUACUUUGUGCUGCUGAUUGUGAUCGGUUCGUUCUUCAUGAUCAACCUGUGCCUGGUCGUCAUCGCCACCCAGUUCUCGGAGACGAAGAAACGGGAAAUGGAACGAAUGCGACAGGAGCGGGCCCGAUACACCUCCACCUCGACCCUGGCCAGCAGCACAAACAACUCGGAGCCUGCCACUUGCUACGCGGAGAUCGUCAAAUACAUCGCUCACCUGUGGCGCCGCUUCAAGAGACGAAUGUUAAAGAAGUACAGAUUAUAUAAGUAUCAGAGGCAGCAACGCAAAGAGGGCCUCCUACCGAAUGCCGACAAUCUGACGUUCUCGCCGUCGCGGAUCAAGUGCCACCAUCCGAAGUGCCCCAAGUACAGUAAUCGGAAGCCGUCCAGUAUUCAGGAUCAGAUGAUUACCGUUAUGGUGCCCCUAAAUUCCGCCAGCAACAAUAAUAAUAACAACAAUAACAACAAUAGUAGCAAUCACAAUGGCAACCAUCAUAGUGGCAACAACACCAACACCAAUACCAAUACCACCACCAGCAACAACAACAACAAUAAUAGCAACAACCACAAUAAUGCGGCCAGUUGCACCACAGUGGCAUUGGUUAACGGUAUUAAUGGUAGUGCAGCCAGUGUGACCAUGUCCUCGGCCCAUCACCAACAGCAUCAACAACAACUACAACAGCAGCAGCAGCAGCAGGUUCAGGUGCAACAACAGCAACAAUCAUCAUCCGAUAAUACAGAACAAUCGAUAACUGGCAACGAUGGUGGGGCAAUUGGGACAUCCGGUGGCAUGCCACGCAGCUCAUCGCUGAAAAAGUCCUCCGCCCACCACCAGCUGAAGCCCGAGGGGAGUGGCGGGGAGCAGAAGACGAUACUUCUCAAGUUCCCCCAGCAGAUGAUCGACUCGGAGCAGUUAAUUCUGCAGUUGGGAAACUUAGGCAAGAGCCAUCCCUGCACCUCGGGCUUCCUCAGCCCGCCCACCUCCGCCAGCCGGCGUCCUUCGGUGAUGUUCAACGAGUAUGUCCUGCUGCACACGCCCCCCGCCCUCAGCAACGAUCCGGCGGCGGGCAGCGCCUCCUCGGCCGCCACCACAGUGGCCACAGUGGCAGGAACAGCGGCGGCCGCGGCCGCAGCGGCAGCGGCAGCAGCAGCAGCUGCCGCCACCUCUUCCUCCUCCGCAGCCGCAGCCGCCUCCGCCGGCGCUGGCGGUGGCAACACCAACACUAGCAGCACCAGCAGCCACCAGAACGGAGCCGGCGGUGGCAGCGGCACCAUCGAGAAGAGCACCAUCUUCUCCACCGAAAAGAUGACGCAGGCGGGCGAUGGCAGCAUUUGGCAGGUCAACCUGCCACAGACCAUCGGCACCAUCGCCAAUCCCUAUGCCGACUGCUCCGAACUGGGCAUCCACGAUGCGAUGACCUGCCAGGAGCUACUGGCCUUCUCCGUCGCCUUCUCGGCCGCCCUGCCCACCGGCCAGAGCACCCUCGAAUCGUUCUACUCCUCGCUGGCCCGCUGCGAUCCCCACACCGCCGAGGCCCUGAGGGCGCAUCAUGGCCACAAGCCACGCCCCCCCACAUCGGGAUCGCCCCAAGCGGGCGAGGCAAGCGGAGCGGAGGCCGGCGAGGCGGGGGAACUGGAACCCACCACCGUGUCGGCUGUGGUUGGAAAUGGCAGUGGUACUGCCACUUGCACCGAAGUGGUGCCAUCGUCGAACCACAGACGCAAGGAGCACCAUCAGCACCACCAGACCACGUCGCACCACCACCACCACCACCACAACAACAACAACACGACAAGCCACAGCCGCAACAAUCGCAGCUCGAGGCCAUCGACAGCCACCGGCCGCAUCCACCGGGACUCGUCCCAUGCCCCCACCGGCAACUACAUGGAGGACUAUGCCUGCUGCUACGAUCUCUACCAGAACGCCCUCUCCCCGCUGGACGAGCGCCAGCGCCAGCGGUCGCCCACCACCCGCUGCCUGAUCGCCGUCUACCGCUGCUUCUCGCGGGUCUGCAGCUGGAUCCGGCGCUACAUCCGCCGCCUGGUGGAGCACAAGUACUUCCAGCAGGGCAUCCUCCUGGCCAUCCUGAUCAACACGCUCUCCAUGGGCAUCGAGUACCACAACCAGCCACCGGAGCUCACGGCCAUCGUGGAGACCAGCAAUGUGGUCUUCUCCGGCAUCUUCGCCGUGGAAAUGCUGCUCAAGGUGGUGGCCGAAGGACCUUUCCGGUACAUCGCCAAUGGAUUCAAUGUCUUUGACGGCAUUAUCGUUAUACUCAGUGCCAUCGAGAUCUGCCAACAGUUCGUGGGCAACGGCACGGGAGGCGGGGGCUCCGGACUGUCCGUCCUUCGGACUUUCCGUCUGCUCCGCAUCCUGAAACUGGUCCGUUUCAUGCCCAACCUGCGCCGCCAGCUCUUCGUCAUGCUCCGCACCAUGGACAACGUGGCGGUCUUCUUCUCCCUGCUCGUCCUUUUCAUUUUCAUCUUCAGCAUACUCGGCAUGUAUCUGUUUGGCGGUAAGUUUUGUAAAUUUUUGGACGAAUCCGGACUCGAACGCGAGUGCACGUGUCCCGAAAUAAUCAGCCGGCAUCCGCAAUGCGAGUGCGAUCGCAAACACUUCAACAACAUUUUGUGGGCCACAGUCACAGUAUUCCAAAUUCUAACACAAGAGGAUUGGAACGUCGUACUCUUCAAUGGAAUGGAAAAAACAAGUCAUUGGGCCGCAUUGUACUUUGUGGCCCUAAUGACGUUCGGCAAUUAUGUGCUAUUUAAUUUAUUGGUGGCCAUUUUGGUUGAGGGAUUCAGUUCAGAGCGAAAUGAACGUCGCGAGCGCGAACAGCGCGAGUUGGUCAAGAAGCUCCGGGAGGAGACCCUGGCCGAGAACUACAGCGAUGGUAUGUACGACGAGUCCCGCAGCGAGGCGGACUCCUCGACGACCAAUGACAGUUACUAUGAGGUCCGGAACCGCUGGCGAUCGGCGGAGGAUGUGCGCAAGCUGCAGGACUCCGCCGAGCUGAUCAUCGAGGCCAAGAACAAUGCCCACCGCCAGCGAUUAUUGCAGCCGACCCACGACUAUCAGAUCAACGAGCUGCCCACCUCCUCGAAUGCACCGUUAUCCUCCGGCGAGAGGGACAGAGAGGCGGGCGGCAAGCUGGGACUAGGACCGCUGGAGGAAGCGGCCACCUCGUCAGCGGCAGCCAUGGCGGCGUCCCAGCAACUAGGCAGGUCAUCGCGCGGCGGCCUCAAAAAGACAUACUCGAUCAAGGAGCGACGCAGCGAGGCGCCACGCCUCUCCAAAAUCCGUCUCGUCCGGGAUCCGCCCAUCAUCACAACGACGGCGGCCACGCCCCAGGACUCGCCCAGCACCACCCUGGAGCCGGGCAUGAGCUUCCGCCAGUGGGGCGACAUGGAGCCCCCCAGCUCGCCCUCCCCCUCGCUGCUGCGACCGCCGAACAUCUUCAGCGGAGGCCAGCGCAGCCUGGACGAGGGCAUACCCUCCAUCGAUCUCAUCCCGCCGUCGCCGGUUCUGGCCCACAAGCCCCUGAACAUCCUGAAUGCCAGCCAGUUGGGCGUGGGCGUGCCGGGCGGAGGUCCUGGCAGCUCCACGGGCAGCAUGCACAGCCUGAUCAUCGACGACAUCUCGAAGAGUUCCAGUUCCACGGCGGCGGCGGCAGCCACGCCCAUUUACGUGCCCACCAUAUCCUCCGCCCAGGCGGAGGCGCAGAGCUUGAACGACGUCAGUCUGGGUGGCAACACUGGCAACGCCUCCACUAGCGGCAGCUCGUCCAGCGAGCGCCUGCCUCUGGCCCCGCCACCCCAGGGCGGGUUCAAGCAGCGCUUCCGGCGGAGCAGCUCCAAGAAACGGCGACCCGGGUCCGGAAACGCCGAGGAAGGACACUUGGGCAUGGCAGGAGCUGCUGGGCAGGAUGAGGACGAGGAGCAGCGUCAGCUCAACAACAACGGCGACAACAGUUUCCUGCUAAGAGGUGGCGGAGCAGCCGGCGGCAGUCCAGGAGGCGGAUCAGGCGGCGGGGCAGCCGCCAGGGACUCGCCGAGCACCUCCAAGGAAACGAAUCGUCUUAGCCCCCAGAACUCCAUCCGACGUCUCUCGAAUACCCUGAGCAUCGGCAGUGGACCUGUGGGGGGCGGAAUGGGAGCCGGCAGCCGGAGAGCUUCGGCCUGCAUCUUCAACUCCCAGGUGUACCAGAACCUCAAUCUCAACCAGCCGCCGACCCGGCUGCGUCCCGGUUCCGGCCAGCGCAGGAUGAGCUCCAUCGAGCUGGCCUUCAGCAAGACCUCCCACCUGAAUCUGCACAACCUGGAGGCCAACCGGAAGUCCCUGUCGUACACCAACUCCAAGAUGGACCUGGACAAGUGGCACAAGUCGUACGGCAAUCUCAACGAGCCGGACACCAUGCUGCAGCAGUACAUGGAGGCGCGGGACAAGCGCAAGAACUCCAUCAGCCACUACAAUCUGAAGAAGCGGCUGGAGGAGAAGGAGCUCCAGCAGCUGCAGCAGCUCCAUCAGCAACAGCUGCUCCAGCAGCGCCAGGACUCGUUCUCCUCGGCCACCCAGCAGCCGUAUCCGACACCGGGUCACUCGGCCGGCGGCUCACAUCCCAGGCUCUCCAAGGACUACCAGCAACAGCAGCACCAGCACUUGCAGCUGGCGGCGAUGCAGUCACAUUCCACGGUGCCCGGCGGGGAGCGCUACUCCAAGCUCAAGAUGAUCAUCGAGCAGCUCACCCCCAAGCACUUUACCAUCGAGCGCGAGGACUACUCGCUUUAUAUAUUUCCGGAGGAGAAUAGAUUCCGGCAAAUCUGCACGUGGUUCGUGAACCAAAAGUGGUUCGACAACGUGGUCCUGCUCUUCAUCGCGCUCAACUGCAUCACCCUGGCGAUGGAAAGACCAAACAUCCCUCCAAGCAGCACCGAAAGAUUGUUCCUGUCAACAGCCAAUUACGUGUUCACCGUCGUCUUCACCGUCGAAAUGUUCAUCAAGGUUGUGGCAACGGGCAUGUUCUACGGCCCGGAUGCCUACUUCACCUCCGGCUGGAACAUCAUGGACGGAUCUUUGGUUACCAUUUCCAUAAUUGAUUUGUUAAUGUCCCUGAUUAGCGAAUCGAGUCCGAGGAUAUUUGGGAUUUUAAGGGUGUUUCGACUACUCCGAUCCUUGCGGCCGCUGCGGGUGAUCAACCGAGCCCCGGGUCUGAAACUAGUCGUGCAAACACUCUUAUCGUCCCUGCGUCCCAUCGGCAACAUCGUGCUGAUCUGCUGCACCUUCUUCAUCAUCUUCGGUAUCCUGGGCGUGCAGCUGUUCAAGGGCACCUUCUACUACUGCGAGGGCGAGAACAUCAAGGGCGUACGGAAUGCGGACGAGUGCCGCCGGAUACCGGGCAAUGUCUGGACGAACCGGAAGUACAACUUCGAUGAUCUCGGCAAGGCGCUGAUGUCCCUGUUCGUCCUGAGCUCCCGCGACGGUUGGGUGAACAUCAUGUACACCGGUCUGGAUGCCGUCGGCGUCGACCAGCAGCCGAUCGUGAACUACAACGAGUGGCGGCUGCUGUACUUCAUCGCCUUCAUCCUUCUGGUGGGCUUCUUCGUGCUGAACAUGUUCGUGGGCGUGGUGGUGGAGAACUUCCACCGGUGUCGCGAGGAGCAGGAGAAGGAGGAGAAGAUCCGGCGGGCCGCCAAGCGCGCCCUCCAAAUGGAGAAGAAGCGGAGGAGGAUGCACGAACCGCCCUACUACACGAACUACUCGCCCACCCGGAUGUUCGUCCACAACGUGGUCACCUCGAAGUACUUCGACCUGGCCAUCGCCGCCGUCAUCGGCCUGAACGUGGUCACCAUGGCGAUGGAGUACUACAAGAUGCCCUAUCCCCUCAAGUACGCCCUCAAGAUCUUCAACUACUUCUUCACGGCCGUCUUCAUCCUGGAGGCGAACAUGAAACUGGUCGCUCUCGGCUGGCGUUUGUAUCUCAAGGAUCGCUGGAACCAGCUGGACGUCGGCAUCGUCCUGCUCUCCAUAGUGGGCAUUGUCCUGGAGGAACUGGAAACGGAGAAGUUCAUCCCGAUUAAUCCGACAAUUAUACGCGUCAUGAGAGUCCUGCGGAUAGCGAGAGUCCUGAAGCUCCUGAAAAUGGCGAAGGGAAUCAGGGCACUCCUGGACACUGUGAUGCAGGCCCUGCCCCAAGUGGGCAACCUGGGACUGCUGUUCUUCCUGCUGUUCUUCAUAUUCGCGGCACUGGGCGUGGAGCUGUUCGGGCGGCUCGAGUGCUCCGACGAGAUACCCUGCCAGGGACUGGGCGAGCACGCGCACUUCGCCAACUUUGGCAUGGCUUUCCUCACAUUGUUUCGCGUAGCGACUGGCGACAAUUGGAACGGCAUCAUGAAGGACACGCUGAGGGAUAAUUGCGAUGACGCGGCCGAUUGUGUACGCAAUUGCUGCGUCAGCUCGGUUAUUGCUCCCAUAUUCUUUGUGAUAUUCGUGCUAAUGGCGCAAUUCGUUUUGGUGAACGUCGUCGUGGCUGUUUUGAUGAAACACCUCGAGGAGAGCCACAAGCAAAUGGAAGACGAGCUCGACAUGGAGGUGGAGCUGGAGCGUGAGCUGGUGCGCGAACAGGAGUUUGCCCAGGAGCAGAAGCUGUGCCAGCAGCUGGCGGAGGCGCAAUCUAAGGCGGCACCGCCCCCGCGCCCCCUCGCCAAGGUCAAAUCCCUGCCCAAGAACUUCAUCUACAGCACCCCCUCGUUGGACAAGAAAUUCCCCGCACCGAUCGGUAGUAAUCCCGGACAGGGUAGCCUCACCAGUUCAGCGGCCACUAAUCUUAACCAGAUAGCUGGCAGUGGAAGUGUAGGAGGAGGAGGAGGAGGAGUUGGGGGUGCGGGUGCCCGCCGCCAAACCGUUCAGUACUUCAAUCAGCCACCGAAUCCAAGCUCCCUGGCCCUCGGCCUCAGUCUGGCCGAGAUGGGGGGCACGCUGACGCCUCAGGCGCUCGGCGCCCGGCUGGGCGAGCCCUUCGGCGGCCCAGCGACGGCAGUCGGAGGCAUACUAACUGGCGAGCCCUCAACGGCCGCCGGCCUCCCGCUACCGCCGCUGGACGGACGCCGCCGCGGGCGACGCGCCUCCGCGGCCGCCGGCUUCCGCAAGCGCGGCGUGCUCUCCAAGGAGCGCUCGCUGGACGAGCAGGCCAUCCGACGACGCAACCUGGAGGCCAAGCGCACCAGCUGCGACUCGCUGCCCUGGGGCGGCGAUGCCCUCGACUACCAUCGCCGGGGCACCAUCUUCGAGAGCCUCGAGUCCGGGGCGGAGGGCGUUGGAGGCGGAGGCUCAGCCACCAAAUUGGAGGACACUGCCUCCUACGAUAUACGCAGUGUCCGAAGCGCCGAUGUCGGCCACAUGGAGUCCUUGGACGCGGAAAGCCUCUCCGUGGUGAGUGCUCUGGUGCCAGUGCCCCUGCCGCCGCCUCCGCCCCUGUCCCCGCCCACAAUAACGCCCUUGCCCACGCCCACACCCACCCAGCGCCGACCCUUCGGCUGGUCCCAGUCGGUGGACCAGGGAUGCAUGCGGAGCAGCCUGCUCCUCUCAGUGCCGCGCUCCAUGCCGCCGAGGAGUCGGAGCGGCAGCACCAAGCAACUCUUCAAGCAGCAGGCCCUGGACGAGGACGCCGACAUGGACGAGAACUCGCUCCUCUUGCCAACCACCAGCCAGGGAUCUGGCUCUGUUGGAUCCGGACCGUCAGCGGGUCCUGUUCCACCACCUGCCAAGCUGGACAUCCCGGAGGGCGUACCCGUCUCCGGGGAUAUUCCGGGCCUGAGCAAAUCCGACUCCUCGGACAUCCUUCGCAUCAUCAGCGAGCGCCGGCGAAUGGACCAGCGGGAGCAGCAGGAUCUGGAGAAUGCGGAGGACAGGGACUGUGACUACAAGGAGCUGUUGUUGGUCAAGUCGCCGCAGUCCUCCAUGGACUAGAAGGGGUAUCAUACUAGCCGGGUUUGAAGUUCAAAGAUGAAAAAUAUGAAUCUCUUUAGUUAGGACGACUGUAAGCUAUCCUUUUUUUUUGAGGUCCUUCGAUCAAGCCCGGCUUAAAAAUAAUGAAAUUAUAAUAAAAAAAAAUACCUUAGGGAAUUUUUUUUAAACUACAAACUAAUAACUAAAAAACUAUAAAUCAGUAUUGCAGAAAAGAAUUAAGAAAAGGAGCUAAGAACUAAAAUUAAAAAAGAAAAACUCUAAAAUCUAGUAAGCAAAAUUGUCAACUGUUUUUAGUGCAAUCCUACGGUUUUCAUAACUUUAAAAAAUAUUAAAGUUAAAACUUUACACAAAAAAAAAAACAAAAUAUAACAAACUAAAAAUGAGAAAAAAGUAAGAGAAUCCGAAAAUACAAAAAAUUAGCUAAGUUUCAAAGUUGAUUAGAAAAUGUUUUCCGUUUCAAGUUGUAGAGCAGACCUGAUUAUAGAUAUGUGUGUGAAAAAAAAAAAACCAAAAUCCAAUAAAACACAAGAGUUAUAUAAAAAUGUAUACACAUACAUACAUACCGUUAUAUAUUAGGGAUACUGCAUACAUACAAGAAAUAAGAAAUAAAAGCAUGCAUGAUGGAGAUUUGUGAAGAAAAAGUAAAAUCAUCAACUCUGUGAUUAGCUCUUAAUGUUUAAAUGUUUAUAUGGAGAAGGAAAACGGUCACACUAACUAACAAGCAACACAAAUACACACUUGGUCACACUGUCGCAAACACAAAUACACAUUUGGUCACACCACGUACCACACUCUACCACAAAUAAAUGCUGUCUGUAUAUAGAAACGCCUGUAUGUAUGCAAUAUAUUUGAGUGUAUUUUACAUAGCCUAGCCAAUGACACAGAAACAGCAUACUUAUAUACUAAAGAUAUAUAAUAAUAUAUGUAUUAUUGCCGCAUCGAUAAGCAAUACUGUAUAGUCUCUAAGAUCAGGAAGCCCGAAUCAGUAAAAAAAGCAAAGUACUUGCGCUCGAAAGUGUCACGGAAAAGGGGAAUAAUAAUGAACUUUGUGCAAACGAAUUUACUUAGGUACUUAACUACACUUGGACAAAAUAUUAAUAGACAAUCUAUGCCCUAUACCCCCUAUACAUCACCAGUUUCCUCUACAAAAGGCUUCCAGAAUAGAGAAAAUGAUAGCCCCUCCCCCCCUUAAAAAAAAAAUAGUGCCAACGCAUUAAGGGUAUUCAUAAAAUGUAUGUGUAUGUGUGUUUUUUUUUUUUUUGAUAAAUAUAAAUGGAUAAAAAAUAUAAAAAAACUCUUAAAACUAAUCACUAAACACUACAAGAAGAAGCAGAACUUUAAGAAGUAGCAUUUAUAAAAAGUGGAAAGUGAGGAAAGUUUAGUAGAAAUUUAAUGGUUAAUGUUUAAUGACUAAAUAGUAAAUAUAUAUAUAUAUAGAGUGUAUAUAUGGAACUAUCAACGAAUUACAAUAGAGUAUCAGGAUAUUUCUAGGCACUUGAACAGGCUAGAAGGGCACUACUAAAGUAGUAGAAAGCGCAGUAGAAUGCGGAGUAGAAGGCGGAGUAGAACUUACACUUACUCAACACUGUCAAUUUUUCAAACAUGAUCUAAGCUAAACAACAAUUUUUACACUCUUUGUACACACACUGUAAAAAACAAAAAAAACUAACUAAGAAGAGCUCUCCAGUUUAGAUAAACUUUAAAACUUAGAAAAGGGAAAUUUGUGAGGACAAAAAAAUUAGUAAGCAAGGAAAAAAUUUAAUUAUACGAUAAUUUCAUCUGUGCCUUUCUCUACGAAUAAAAAAUAAAAAUUAUACAAAUUUACGAGAUUCGUCACUGUCUCCAUUCUGUCUCUUUCGCUUAGUCUCAGUCUCAGUCUGUCUCUCUCUGUCCCAUGCACACAAACACUCAGACUAUCUCUCUCACACACACUCCCAGAGUUAACGGUAAAGCAAUCCAAGAUGGAGUCACGGAAAAAUGCAACUCUGAAAAUUAAAAAAGAAAAACUAUUUACGAGGCAGGAAGAAAAUAAUUACUUAGAAAAUAAUUAAUAAAGAGAUAAAAUAUAAAAGAUAAAAAAUAAAAAUAAAAAAAUAUAGUUAAAAGCAUGAUGUUUCUAGGUUAAAGCGCUAGUAGUUUUGAGCAUUUUUUUUUUGAGUGUGUAAUUUUUGAAAGUAGCUGCUUGGAGUAAAAAAACCAAAAGAAUUAAAAUAAUAUUUCUGUAUGCCUUUCAGUUGAUUGUUUUUAGUUUCUUAAUUUGAAAUGCAAAGAGUAAAGUACACUAAAAAGAAUGUUUCUUCUUGUUGAUUAAUAAUUAGGUACACUGCUACAAAAACAUAUAUGUUAAUUCAAGAAACGAAAACGAAAUCAAAAAAUGGAAUAGCAAGCCCACAGAAAACCUAAAAAAAAACACACACAGAUAAUUAGUAAAAAGUGAGUUGAAUUUAAAAUUAAUAGCCGUAAUGGCCGAAUCGAAACGCGAAAGUAAACUAAAUUGCUUUUAGCUCCAUGCCGUAAAUUCUUUGAAAGCAGAAACUAAAAAUAAUACCAUUAGAAGUGAAAUUGAAAUUAAGAAAUAAAUAAAAAUAAAAA